CCCUCUCCCCAGCCCGAUCCGCCCGCCGGCUCCCCCUCCCCCGAUCCCUCGGGUCUCGGGAUGGGGGGGCGGUGAGGCAGGCACAGCCCCCGCCCCCAUGGCUGCCCGUCGGAGCCAGAGGCAGAGGGGGCGCAGGGGGGAGCCGGGCACCGCCCUGCUGGCCCCACUCAUGCUGGGCCUGGGCCUGGUGCUGGCCUGCCUUGGCCUCCUGCUGGCCGUGGUCAGCCUGGGGAGCCGGGCAUCGUGGUCUGCCCAGCAGGAGCCUUCCCAGCGGGAACUGGUGGCAGAAGAGGACCAGGACCCCCUGGAACUGAGCCCCCAGGCAGAGGAGAGCCAGGAUCCCGUGCCUUUCCUGAGACAAAUGAUUCGGCGUCGCAGAAGUGCACCUAGAGACCGGAAAACACGGGCUCGCAGAGUGAUUGCAGCCCACUAUGAAGUUCACCCCCAGCUCGGACAGGAUGGCGCACAAGCGGGUGUGGACGGGACGGUGAGUGGCUGGGAGGAGGCCAAAAUCAACAGCUCCAACCCACUGCGCUAUGACCGCCAGAGCGGGGGAUUUAUAGUCACCCGGGCUGGGCUCUACUACCUGUACUGUCAGGUGCACUUUGAUGAGGGAAAGGCUGUCUACCUGAAGCUGGACUUGCUAGUGGAUGACACGCUGGCCCUGCGAUGCCUGGAAGAGUUCUCUGCCACCGCUGCGAGCUCCCCUGGGUCCCAGCUCCGUUUCUGCCAGGUGUCUGGGCUGUUGCCUCUGAGGCCAGGGUCCUCCUUACGGAUCCGCACCCUCCCCUGGGCCAAUCUCAAGGCUGCCCCCUUCCUUACCUACUUUGGACUCUUCCAAGUUCACUGAGGGGCCCUGGCCUCACAAUGGUUCUCCCAGGCCGCUGAUUCCCCACAACUCUCUGAGCACCCCAGUCCCCUCUGCCCCACCCCAGGCUGCUCCUCCCCUCAGACCUGCCUGUCCCUGGGCAGGCUGCCAGGGCUUCUUCACGUGUUCUCCGCGCCACAUAAAUACUCCCAUUCAUCUCUGACAGCUCCUCCCCCCAACUGUGGUUUUCCACCUCACCAGCUCCUGAACCCCUGAUCUUUGAUGCCCCAUUUAUGUCCUGACUCCCCACGCUGGCCACAGCCCUCUGGGACACUGUGUUUACUACACUCUGGGUGAGAAUGGGUCCCCAGUACCCCUUGCAGGCACUAGGAGGGGCUGGAUACCAGAGAGACUGGGACUAGGGCAGGAGUUCCCGAGUGUGAGGGCUAAGAGACCAACACAAGCUCCUUUCCUGAUAAUUCCCUGUGGAUUUUUAAAACAGAUAUUAUUUUUAUUAUUAUUGUGACAAAAUGUAGAUAACUGAAAAUUAAAG